AACCUUCAGCGCGCGGAACCUCGCUGCUGGAGCGCGGGCGCGGAGGACCCGGAGGGCGAUGGAGUGGGCGCGCGGGCCGCGGGCCGAGGCCGACGCGCCUGGGGAGGAGGAGGAGGAGGCGGGGGCGGUCAUGGCUGCUGUGGUGGCGGCAGCGGGUGGCGCGGGCCCGGCCGUCCUGCAGGUGGCCGGCAUCUACCGCGGCCUGUGCGCGGUGCGCAGCCGCGCCCUGGGCCUGGGGCUCGUGUCACCCGCGCAGCUGCGCGUGUUCCCGGUGCGCCCCGGCUCGGGCCGGCCCGCGGGGGGCGCCGAAGGCAGUGGUGUCGGGAAUGAGAUCGAGGCCAACCCCUUCUACGACCGCUACCGCGACAAGAUCCAGCAGCUGCGCAGGUCUGACCCAACUGCUUUUGAGUCCCGACUGGAGAAGUGCAGUGAGUUUCGGAAGCAGCCAGUGGGGCACUCCAAGCAAGGUGACUUUAUCAAAUGUGUGGAACAGAAGACAGACACAUUGGGGAAACAGCGUACGAGCAGAGGAUUCACCAAGGACAAGACUCUCAGUUCAAUCUUUAACAUUGAGAUGGUGAAAGACAAAACUGCAGAAGAAAUAAAACAGAUUUGGCAGCAGUAUUUUGCAGCAAAAGAUACAGUCUACGCAGUUAUUCCUAAAGAGAAGUUUGAUUUGAUCUGGAACCGGGCUCAGUCCUGUCCAACAUUUCUGUGUGCACUACCAAGAAGGGAAGGUUAUGAGUUUUUUGUCGGGCAGUGGACAGGUACUGAACUCCACUUCACUGCACUUAUAAAUAUUCAGACCCGAGGGGAAGCUGCAGCCAGCCAGCUGAUUUUAUAUCACUACCCUGAACUUAAGGAAGAAAAGGGCAUAGUGCUGAUGACAGCAGAAAUGGAUUCCACGUUUCUGAAUGUUGCUGAGGCACAGUGCAUUGCCAACCAAGUUCAGCUCUUCUAUGCCACUGAUCGAAGAGAAACCUACGGAUUAGUGGAGACCUUUAACUUCAGACCAAAUGAGUUCAAAUAUAUGUCUGUCAUCGCUGAAUUGGAACAAAGCGGACUUGGAGCAGAACUGAAAUGUUCUCAGAACCAGGAUAAGACUUAGAGCUGUAAGAUGGACCCAGGCUUUAGCCAUAGUACCUUUCAUAACACCUCCACCAGAAGGUGAGAAAAUGAUGGGGAAAGAAGUCAGAACUGGCUGCUCAUUUUAUUGUUCCUCCCAGUUUGCCCUGAAUCCCCCACUCGCCAAAGAAGGAUGUAUCCAUGGCCAGUUACAUCGGACAUGAUCAGAGUACCAUCUGGCUGUUCUUUAUAUUUACCUAGCAAGAUCUGGCAAAGGACUAAAAGAAAAUUGUUACGUUAAUCAGUCCCCUGGUACAACAUGGUGUUAUGGAAAGUGGACAGGCUUUACGGUUAAGUGAAUCUAGAUUCAGUGUUGGGAUUCAUUUGCUCCAAAUGUUGAACAAAUUAUUUAAGCUCUCUAAUUCUGUUUCUUUAUCUGUAAAAUGAGAGUAAUAAUAUCUACCUCACAGGAUUAUUGUGAGAAUUAAAUUAACUUAUAUAGAGACUAUAUAGAGCUUAAUAAAUGUCAACUCCCUUCUUCCUCCCUUCUUGCCCUACCUCUCACCGAAGGCCAACACAAAUUAGCAUUUCAGAUGUGCAGAUCAUUCUUCAUUCCAGUUUCAUAAGCAAACCUUAUCUCACAGGUUCUCAAACUUUAAGUUGUAGUGGAAUUACCUAGAGCACUUUAGAAUGCAGACUCCCAGGUCCCAAAGCCCAACCUGCUGAAGUGCUGGGAAUCUGCAUUUUAAUAUGUGCUCCAGAUGAUUCUGAUGUAGAUAAUUAGCCAGCCACACUCUGAGGACCACUACCUUAUCUGUUCUUCACAAAAAAUACCCAUUAGCCAGGUCUCUCAUUCCUGUGGACAUGAACCGUAGAAUCCGGUGCCUCUGCUCUUUGCCUCCUGUAGGGGUCCCCUCGGCAUACGCUACAUUAUAUUUACUCAUGUAUGUAUCUUUCCCCCAGACUGUGAGCUCCUUGAGGGCCAGGGUUUAUCUCCAUUCUCAGCACCAAGGACAUGGUCUGGAACAGAGAAGAUAUUCAGGUUUUUGUUGAAUAAAUAAAUGACAUGGAUUUUAGCCAAAA